UGGUGAUGAAUUGUUCUUGCAAGAAUAAGCUCCAACGCAAAGGUCACAGUUUUUAGACCGCAUGUAAGCACAUCACCGGCUCUGGUAGACAAUAAUUACAUUGUGUAUUUCCCCGUGCAAAUGGCCCUGCGGCAAACAUAAUGGACAGCUAAUCAAUCAAUCUCUUCACCUGCCUGAUUUAAUGGUAUUUUGAGAUAAGAGAGUGAAAAGGCAUUAAUUAAGAGACGAAAACUCUGAAACCUUUGCUACUUAUUCGCGAGGAUAUUAAAACAGCCAAAGCUUAUCCGCUGUUACUUUGCUGAGAGAAGCCGUCAGCGUCAACGUCUUUACGAGCAAUUGGACGAAUUACAUCUCUUUGACAAGGUUUGCAACUGCCUCAGUCAUGAAUGCGACUGGAAACUCCACUGGCUGCUUAAGGGCAAAAUGCCUGUUUACAACUGGUGAAAGAGUGGCCAUUGUUAUCUUCUUCAGUGUGAUUUUCAUUGCCUCUUUGGUUGGAAACUGCAUCUUAUUCGUGGCAAUUAUUCGCAAUAAGCGACUGCGACGGAGCUCCACGAACUUUUCAUUCCUCAGCCUUAGUUUCGCGAACAUCCUUAUCACAAUCUUCUGCAUUCCAGUGUUCACAAUUGACGCGUUUAUCGCGGAGAGUUGGCUCUUUGGAUCGAUCGGCUGCAAACUUGUCAACUUUCUCCAAACAAUGUCUAUAAACGCUGCUAUUUUGACCCUGCUCGUGAUCAGCGUGGAGAAGUUUUUGGUCGUUUAUUUUCCAUUCCAAUUCCGAUCUCAACGAACCAAAGUUCGCUACUUAGUGUUUUUCGCUUGGAUACUUGGCAUCAUCCAACCUUCGGUAUAUCUCAGUUACAGAAAAGUCAAAGAAAUCAAUGGAGUUCAAUGGUGUUUCGAACAGUGGCCGUCGCCUGAUACACGUAAAAUCUAUAUUGUUGCUCAGGUAUUUGUCCUACGUUUUGCGCCCCUCAUGUUCAUGAUGCUUCUUCACGCGCUGACUAUAAAAAGAAUUAAGGCGAGAUUACAGUACCGUAGAUCCAGCGAUGAAGAAGGAAACUUUAAUGGACCCGGCACGGUACAAAUCAGCUCGCACGCACUGAAGAUCCGAAAGAAAGCUGUAGUUAUGCUUGUUGUGGUUGUUACAACUGCUACGGUAACGUUGUUCCCUUUCAAUAUCCUGGCCUGUUGGAGAGUACUCGCUAAUCCCAAGAUUACCGAUCUGUUCUCUGCCAAUCUUGUAUACUUGGUCACGUUGUGGCUUAUGUACUUCAACAGUGCUUCCCAUCCCAUCAUCUUCGGCCUGAUGAGUACAGAAUACCGUAAAGCUGCCAAGAGCUCCUUUAGAUCUUUUGUUCGGAAAUCCUCGGCGCCAAGCCGGAUUGUCGUUUCGAGCUCCAAAAAGAACAAAGAGGAACCCAUGAUUAUGACAGCGCUAGCUUCUGGUUCCGCUUAAACUUGAGAAAAAAGGGCCACCAUUUUAUCAAGAUUAAAUUGCAAAAACUUUAUUUUAAAGACAGACUAAAGUGGAUAGCUCGGGAAGGUUACGAAACUCCAAGUAAAGAGAAAGUUGUCUGUUGUAAGGCUUAGGUGAACGCCUUUAAGGUGAUUCCAUGCAUUGUUUGAUCAAUUUAUUUUAAGAUCACGCGAAAAUUAUGGUUGAAAAAGCGAGAGACAUUUAAAAUAUUGAAGGUAUGAUUGUAUAUAGCUUAGAUCUUGUCAUUAUUUGCCCUUGUAUUUAUUUCUCAAAUUUACCAUCCAAUAGUUCUGAAAGGAAUUUCUUUAAAACAGGCAUUACUGGAUCAUUUCGUUUAUUAGAUCAUGGAGAAAAUUAAAAAGAUCUCAUUCUUUAAUGAACCAUAAAACAGCUUGUGAUAGCUGCGAGACACAGUACUACCAAAUGACCAUGAGACUUAUUCUUUUAUUUCAAAGACUAAACAAGAAUAAAAACAGGAAAAAAUUAGGGUUACAAACGUGCUCCCUUUGUGGUUCUAUUUUAAUAUUUCCCUAUCAGAUUUAAAUCAUUAUCAUUGACAACAAAAGAGCCAAGGAAAUUAUAUGGAAGUUUUCAAUAAAGGUUCAGUCAAUGUUUGAGCGCCAACCAUGAUCUAAAAUAUACCCGGAACUUCGUAGACGAUGCAUGCAUCAGGGCGGGAAUAUUUAAUUUACUAUCAAUGCCGGAGGAUGUAUGAUGCAACAUUCAUUUUCUUCCCUCUUUCUCUUGUUUAUUUUUUUUGUGUGUGGGUGUUUUGUUUUGUUUUUGCUUUGUUUAUCUCAAUCAGUUGAUCUUAGUUUUCCUCCAUUUGAGUACACUUUAUUUAUGAUGUAACUAAGUCACUGUCAUGAGAAUUAACUAUCGCCGGAUGAUUUCAAAAGAAAUGUAUUUUCAUUUCUUUUUUUUUAUCUUUAUUAUUACUAUUUUUUUUCAGUCAUUUAUGUGACGCAGAACACUGAUUUGUUGAAGAUUUUCUACCAUAAUUGAUUUCAGUUUCCUAAUGUUAAGGCCGGUACGGCACUCUGUUUGUCCCUUGUAAAGUGUAAAGAUAGUUGUCCAUGUAACCAAUCAACAUAAUCGUUAGAGAUAGUUAAUUAACGUGCGCAUAUGAU